AUGGAAGAAUUAGACUGUGUGGACGAAUUCUAUUUCUCAGUAUUAUUUGAUUACGAAGAACCAUUGUUCCCAAUUUCAGAUAAAAUGUAUGCUGAGGAAUUGCAAUUGCAAGAGGCCUUAUAUUCCGCAGCCACGGUUUCAGAAUACAAUGAGUUUAAAAGAGUGAAGAGAGAAUGUUCCGGUACAUUUUGCAGUAUCUGUACAAACAACAAACUCGCAAACGAAAUGUUCGCCGCUGGAGAUUGUUCACAUUCCUUCUGUGUUAAUUGUGUCACUAAAUAUGUUACUAGAAAAAUCGUACAAGAAAAUGUUAGCGUUAUCAAGUGUCCCGAUAUUGCUUGUAAGGCCAUAGUUAAACCCAAGUUCUGGAGAGAAAUUGUUCCUAAGCAAGACUGUUCAGCUCUGUUGGUUGAUGAUGGGAGUGAGGAUGUGAUUGACUCUGAGUGUCCUAAUUGUGGUCGAUUGUUCUGUGCUCGGUGUAAUGUCUCGUGGCACGAGGGAUUGGAGUGCAAGGAUUUUCAGCGUUUGGGCAGAUUGGAAGGGAGAUGUGAUGCUGAUGGGAAUUGCUAA